AUGAGCAUACGUGCUCCUCGAAAGGGCGAAAACUACGAGCUCAGCGUCGAUCUAAACAGCGAAUACCGCGACAAAAGAAAGGAUGCAAUCAAACGGACUAUCGCGUCUAUGACCGUCGGGAAAGAUGUCAGCGGACUCUUCCCAGAUGUUCUCAAGAACAUGCAAACGGACGAUCUCGAGCAGAAGAAACUGGUUUAUCUUUACCUGAUGAACUACGCUAAGACACAACCGGAGCUAGUCAUUCUCGCUGUGAAUACGUUCGUCAAGGAUACGGACGACCCGAAUCCAUUGGUUCGAGCGCUCGCUAUCCGGACGAUGGGCUGUCUGCGGGCUGAGAAGAUCAUUGAUUACCUCUGCGAUCCCCUCCAGAAAUGUCUGCGGGAUGAGAAUCCAUACGUACGCAAGACAGCGGCACUUUGUGUGGCAAAACUUUACGACCUCAAGCCGGAGUUGGUGAUUGACAAUGGAUUCCUGGAGCAACUGUUCGAGAUGAUCGCAGACAGUAAUCCAAUGGUCGUAGCCAAUACCGUUGCUGCAUUAACGGACAUUCACAUCGCCGCUACAUCCCAACCUGGGGCGUCGCCGGAUGCUGGCAUCUUCAGUAUUACCACCUCGAUCUUGAACAAGCUCCUGAUCGCUCUGAAUGAAUGUUCUGAAUGGGGCCGGGUUGCUAUUCUCAAUGCGCUUUCACGCUAUUCUGCUCAGGACGAUAAGGAGAGCGAGCAUAUCUGUGAGCGUGUUGUGCCACAGUUUCAGCAUGUCAAUGGGGCAGUGGUGCUUGCUGCGGUGAAGGUCAUAAUGAUCCACAUGCGCAACGUACGGAGAGAAGAACUCGUGAAACAGCUUGUUCGCAAGAUGGCACCUCCAUUAGUUACCCUGUUGUCCUCGCCUCCGGAGGUCCAAUGGGUCGCCUUGCGAAACAUUAACCUUUUGCUGCAAAAAAGGCCCGACAUCCUCUCCAACGAGAUGCGCGUAUUCUUCUGUAAAUACAACGACCCGCUAUAUGUCAAGGUUGAAAAGCUGGACAUCAUGGUCCGGCUGGCGUCGGAGAACAACGUCGAUGCUCUACUUAGCGAGCUAAAAGAGUAUGCUUCAGAAGUUGAUGUCGAUUUCGUUCGCAAGAGCAUCAAAGCAAUCGGUCAAACAGCGGUCAAGAUCGACGUCGCCGCCGAGCGAUGCGUAAACGUACUACUCGACCUGAUCGCGACGCGGGUUAGCUACGUUGUGCAGGAGGCCGUUGUGGUCAUGAAGGACAUCUUCCGGAAGUAUCCUUCAACAUACGAGGGCAUUAUCCCAAUCCUGUGCUCUAACCUUGAUGAGCUUGAUGAACCAGAAGCGAAGGCUUCUCUCAUCUGGAUCAUCGGAGAGUAUGCCAAUACCAUCGACAACGCGGACGAGCUGCUCGGAAUCUUUGUUGACACCUUCACAGAGGAGGCUUAUCCGGUGCAAUUGCAAACGCUUACAGCGGUCGUUAAACUGUUUUUAAAGAAACCAGAUUCUUCGCAAGGGAUCGUGCAGAAGGUUCUCAACACUGCAACGCGAGAUUGCGACUCUCCAGAUGUUCGAGACCGCGCAUAUAUCUACUGGCGUUUGCUGUCCAUGGACCCUGCCGCAGCCAAGGCUGUCGUUCUCGCUCAUAGGCCGCCCAUCUCCAUCCCUCGGACGACAGUGGCACCGGCUCUUCUGGAGGAGCUACUUGGAGAAAUCGGUACCCUUGCUAGCGUGUAUCACAAGCCAGCAGAGACCUUCAUCGGCAAAGGACGGAUCGGUGCUGAUUCAGUGCGGAAAGCAGAUGUCGAAGACCAAUUUUCGACGCAAAAGGCUCUCCAAACCGUUGUUGCUGGCCAACAGGCAGAGAAUUUGCUUGAUUUCGACGAUUCGACUGGACUGGAGGGUCAACCGUCAGGUUUGGCGGCUACCCAGGUGCUAUCACAAACGCCAGCUGCGGCCAACCUUCUUGCUGGAACCUCAAGCAACCCACUAGACGACCUCGUAUCGAUAUUCGGAGGUGGAGGGGCUGCAGCUCCAAUAUCUGCUACGCCUUAUGGAGGCGGCACUUCCAUGGGUGUAGGGUCAGCAUUCGGCGGAGCUCCCAUGACACCAGCGCCGCAGACGCCGGCUCCAGGAAAGCCUGGUUCCCAACCGCAACCACAGGACGACCUACUUGGAUUGUUCUGA